UGCGCUCUCCCUUCUUAGCCAGCUGCUGUUGCUGCAGGACCCCCCAGCCUCUGCCUGCAUCCUCCUCCCGUGCCCUGUGGAGAGCCAGGGCUAACGGCCCCUGACCCAGACGCAGAUGGAACCAGGGGAGGAGUCCAGUGUCCCGGAUCCACAGGGCUCAGAGGAAAUGGAGGUUGGAGCAGAUGACAGUGCCGCCUGUCUCUCAGAGGAGGAGGAUUCCGACCAGGAAGGCCCUGAGAUGGUGCCAUCCCACAAGAUGUGGCCAGGGGUCUCCAAGGGCGACGUCUCGCCCAGCUCCCCAUGGGACAUGGCUGGCCAGAGCCCGGGCAUUGGGGCACAGGCGCCAGAUGACUCUGGUGACCUGGAGCAGGGGCUGGAGGAGUUCGGUGACAUCAUUGUGCACCGGGUGACACAGAUGGGUGUGAAGCCGUGCCGCUACAUCGAGGGGGGGCGCAGCUACGAGCUGAGCCCUGGGCUGGCCCGCCGGCUGCUGCGGCUCGAUGAGAAGCCGUACGAGUGCACCGAGUGCGGCAAGAGCUUCAACCAGAGCUCCAACCUGCACCGGCACCAGCGCACACACACUGGCGAGCGCCCCUACUGCUGCCCGGCCUGCGGCAAGGCCUUCAGCCGCCGCUCCAAUCUGGCGCAGCACCAGCGCAUCCACACCGGCGAACGCCCCUUCCACUGCGGCGACUGCGGCAAGAGCUUCAGUGAGAGCUCCUACCUGAUCCGGCACCAGCGCACCCACACCGGCGAGCGCCCCUACAAGUGCCCAGCCUGCGGCAAGGCCUUCUCCCGCAGUUCCCACCUGGCACGACACCAGCGCACCCACACUGGUGAGCGCCCCUACCCCUGCACCGACUGUGGCAAGUGCUUCGGGCUCAGCUCCGACCUGGCCACACACCGCCGCACCCACACAGGCGAGAAGCCUUUCCGCUGCACCGACUGUGGCAAGGCCUUCUCCCGCAGUUCCCACCUGGUGCAGCACCAGCGCACCCACACCGGGGAGCGCCCCUACCGCUGUGCCCAGUGCGGCAAGAGCUUCUGCCAUGGCUCCAACCUGCUGCAGCACCAACGCACGCACCGCGGCGAGCGCCCCUACCGGUGCCAGCAGUGUGGCAAGGCCUUCAGCCUGAGCUCCAACCUGAUCCGCCACCAGCGCAUCCAUACGGGCGAGCGCCCCUACCGCUGCACCGACUGCGGGCGCAGCUUCGUGCUGAGCUCUGACCUCCUGCAGCACCACCGUGUGCACACGGGCGAGCGUCCCUACCAGUGCCCCGACUGUGGCAAGGCCUUCUCCCGUGCCGCCCACCUGGCCCAGCACCGCCGCACCCACACGGGCGAGCGCCCCUACCACUGCCAGCACUGUGGUAAGAGCUUCAGCCAUGGCUCCAACUUCAUCAAGCACCAGAGCACCCACCUGCAUGGCUGGCAGCCCUGCUGGCCCCUUAAGGAGGGCAGGGAGGGCCCCCAGGAUGAUGGGGCUGGCAAGGAGGUGGAGGAGGGGCAGGCACAGCCUUAAAGCAUGGCGGUGCUUGGAGUGCAGGACCUUCUACACACAGGAGAAUCCAUCAUUGCCAGCCUCCUAGCCAGAUCACUUGGAUGGAGUGAGAACCUAUUAAACAUCACAGAACUCUGCCCCGUACGGAACUGGGAACCCACCUCUGGCCUCGUAGCCAGGUGCCCCGGACAGAGACGGGAACCCAUCCCCAGCCUUGUAGCCAGGUGCCCCGGACAGAGCUGGGAACCUAUUUAAUGUUGCUACUGUUGCUUUACGGGCCACAUCACUUAGCACCCACAAUGUAUCACACAUCAGACUAUGCUGCAAUAGGGUUCAUAGCCACCUGGCCCAACUCUCCCAGCCUAUCAAGCAUCCAGCAACUCAACACCGGCCCCCGCACAGCCUUUUGGGCUUGUUUAAAUUGCCCUAGUUUGAUGUAAAUUAGUUUAGAAGCCAGUUUUUAGGCCCAGUGUAAACACGGUGCCAGUGACCUGCAGGUGAGAGCAGCCAAGCCCUGGUGUGAUCCCAGCCAUCUGCAAAUCUAGCUCUCAUCUGUGCCAAGGUGCUGAGUCCAGGAUGAGGGUCCCUGCUUUGCCGGGAGGAUACUCCAGAGAGUGGAGGACUCAAAUCGUACAAAGGCCAAGUGAGAUUCAGCAGGCAGGAGCCACCCUGGGUCAAUUCAGACUAGCAAUGAAGGGCAAAUGUUUGUCAGGAUGGGGGAUUCCCCAGCGGGGCAGCUCCCCCUGGGACAGUGGGAGGAAUGCUCCAUCUCUUGGGGGCGCUACAUCCAGGCCAAAUGUCUCUAAAGGCUGUGCUCUGGCUCCAGCACAGAUCUGGGCUAGGGGCAGGAAUGGCUGCAGGUGAACCUCCAGCCCAUGUGAUACAGGGAGGCAGGCUGGGGGAUGGGUACGGUCCCUUCUCUCCUGUUAUCUGCAAUGGCAUUCCCACACCUGCCCAGCUGUACAGAGGGAGGCUCUUGUGAACCAGGGUCUUAGAAGCUGGAUCUGGGCCCUUGUGUUUGCAGCAUCCCACAUAGAAUCAUAGGACUGGAAGAGACCUCAAAAGGUCAUCUAGUUCACUCCCCUGCACUCAUCUUCCUAGCAGUCGCAUUUCCUCCCCUUCUCCCAGGGUUGAGCUUGGUUCACGCUCAAACGAGACACUCGCAAGUAAAGCCCAAAGGAUUCCCAAGGAUGGGGAUGGUGCUCCCAGAAAAUCCAGACAGCCAGACGCCUCCAGAUGAGGUGCUACUAACAUUGCCUUCCCCUGGCAGCAUCUCCAGCGUGUGGCUACUCCAUAGAAGGCUGCUAGCUUAGAAGCACACUGGAUGCAGGAGUCAGGGGUGAGGUUCUGUGCUAUGUGGCAGGUCGGACAAGUGAUCACCAUAGUGUCUUCUGGCCUUAGGCUGUACACCCUUGUUCUAUUCUGUCCUUUAACCUGUGCUGCUUCCAACCAU